AGUUUCCUAGAAAGUUGUAAUAACAAUAAUAAUAAAAAGGAAGAACAUUUCCCAAGUGGUCUUACCAGUAAGGAGAGAGCACCAACUGGAGCGAUAAAGAUAGGAGUGACUGAAGAGUGAGAUUCAAAAUUAAAAAAAAAAAAAAAAAAAAAUCAAAACAAGAAGGCGAGUAAAGAGGAAGGAGGAUCUCCCUUCUUCUUAUCUACUUCAAUAUUUUUUUUUUGUUUGUUCUCAAACAUAAAAAAAGCUCUGAUCUUUGCUCUGGUUCCUCUGUUUCCUCUGUUUCGAAACCCUAAAAGUUGAUUACUUUUGGAGGGAAGAGAGAAUGGAUUCCGGCGACCCGACAACUUUGCUUUUAACGAAAAUAAGGAUCUUGGAGCCAGAUUACGCUCCGAAGAUCAUAGGGUAUCUUCUGUUACAAGACUUUAGUGAGAAAGACUUGAUGCGUCUCGCUCUCGGACCUGAAUCAGUUCUUCAGUCCAUUAUCUCCAAAGUGAAGAGUCAGUUGGGUCUCUUCUUGUUGUCUUCUCCUUCUACUCCGACGUCUCCUUCUCCGUUUAACCCCAUCCCUCGACCACCCAUUAACGGCAGAGGAGGAGGAGGAAGCCCUCUCGCUAAUGGGUUUAUGGAUUUCAGAAGAAACUCUCCGUCUUCUUCUCCUUCUUCGGCUUCUCCGUGGUCGUCAGUCAACAGUGUGAGCCUUACUAGUGGGGGGAGCAUCUUGAAGCCUUCCUUGAGCUCCCACCAACAGAGCAACGGAGACUCUGGUGCUGAGUCUGAUUUACUGGAGGAUCAGCGGCUGAAUGAUUACCUCUCGUUUCUAGACGAUUCGAAAACAGAGGAUGUUGUUGUAGAUCCUGACUAUUCCGUUAACAAUGGCGAAACGCAUCUGCUGCACAGGAGGAGUUUCUCGGCAGAUGCGUCUUUUGGGUCCGGGGAAGAUGGGUUUGGUGCUGGAUUCAAACCUUGUGUGUAUUUCAGUAGAGGGUUGUGUAAGAACGGAGAGAGCUGCAAGUUUGUCCAUCAUGGAGGGGGUUUCGAUAAUAAUAACGUUGAUGGUAGUAGUAAUGGCAUUGUGGCUGAUUCGUCGAGGAAAGUUGAGAACUUUGGUAGUAGGCACCAUGAGGAGAUGAUGAGGUUGAAAAUGGCUUAUCAGCAGCAGAGGCUUGCUUCUCAGCUCCUCGGUAGGGCUCCUCAGAUGUCUUACGAGAAAAGAAUGGAGUUUCUCUUGCAUCAGCAGGCUCUUAGAGAUGGUGCAUUGCCUUUUGGUGAUGAAAGAUACUGGAGCAGCAGCCCAGGAAGGCUAGAGAGGAUGGAACUAAUGGCAAUGCAGUUUGGUGAUAUGUCAAACUCGGCAGCUAGACAGAUUUACUUGACAUUCCCUGCUGAGAGCACGUUUAAGGAUGAGGACGUUGCAACUUACUUCAGCCUUUUCGGAACAGUGCAAGAUGUGAGGAUCCCAUACCAACAGAAGCGUAUGUUUGGCUUUGUUUCAUUUGCACAGCCUGAGACUGUGAAGGUUGUACUAGCCAGAGGGAAUCCUCAUUUCAUCUGUGACUCACGUGUUCUUGUCAAGCCUUACAAAGAAAAAGGCAAAGCCUUUGACAAGAAGCAUCAGUAUCUUCUCCAGCAGCAGAUUGAGCGCGUGAAUUACUCCCCAUGCUCCAGUCCAUCAGGGAUUGAUCCUAGAGAACAGUCUGAUCCCCAACUUGGUUCGAAGAUGUUCUAUGAGAGGCGGGAGAUGAUGAUGAGAAGGAGAAUGGAUGAAGCUGAUCUGCAGAGAGCUAUUGAACUUGAAAGAAGACGCGUCAUUAAUUUGCAGCUUCCUGAUUUUAAGAAUAAUAAUACUGGAGGAGUGUCUUCUAAUCAUCACCGUAGCUUCUCUGUGGGGUCUCCUGGUUAUUUUCCAUCCGUCACCAUCCAAAGCCCUGAUACUCUAUCUGAACUCACCAGCGCAGAAGUUGAUGAUACCACCGAGCUGGCUCCUUACCCGUUAAUCAACUCAAAGAGUAUUAUUAACAGCAACAGCAACUACUCAAACGGUGCAAAAGAAGGGACCAACGAGAGUGAAAUCGAGACUGGAAGCCCUAUAGAGCUUGUUCUUCCUAGUAAUCUCUUCCCUGCUGCAACAGCUGCUACUGAUGAUUCUGCUGAACAUAAUAAUAAUGCAAAUGCUGGAGUCUCCGUCUCUUCUUCUACUAAUGGAAUUGAUCCACCAGCUACUACUACUACCACCGGUAACCUCUUGCAGUAGGCUAUUUUCACCUCAUAAAUGCCAAAGGUCUUUUUCUUCUAAUGGAUAAGAUGAGGCUACAAGAAGUGUAUGUAAUAAAGACAGUUAAAAAAGCAUACACAAGGAAGUAGGAUGAUGUAUAUGUAAGUUAUAUAUAUAUAUAUAAAUGGAGAACAGAAAGAAGUAGGAACGCAUGAAGAUCGCAAGUUUCAUCAGGAUGAUACUAUACUACUAACAAGCGAGGUUGCGUAAGACAUACUUAAAAAAGGACAAAUCUAUAUGGAUCAUUUUUAUUUUGUGCUUUAAUUUCACUUUGCUUUGGUUUGGUUUCUCAUGUGGUUGUUCCGGUUUGUGUCACCACAUGAGUCUCUGAUUGUAUCAAAGAAGAAUAGAAUGUUCUGCUACCUUAUAUAUAUAUAUAUAUUAUUAUUAAGCCGUUUCUUAUA